UCAGUCUUCAUUUUUCAAAACUAUCUGUUCCUUGUUUUUAAAAGUCGAUACUUUUCUAAGAGAAAUCUUUAAUCGAUCUGAAUUAUCGACUAAUCAUCUGCCCGCUGUCUGUCCGAUACCAGUGUACCAACAUGGCAGCUGUUGAUGUGUUAGAUGAUGGCUUCGGAGAUAAUCUUGACGACCCAAAAAAAGAUUCAUAUGAUAGUACUGAUACAUUGCAAAAUCAACCUCCUCCUGAUGUUCAGUAUAAUUGGGUAGAUGUCACCACUGAAUUUUUUGAAGCUGUGAAAGGUUUAGAGUUGGGAGAACUCCUACAUGAUGAUUUAUUCGGCUUAUUUGAAGCUAUGUCAGCAAUUGAGAUGAUGGAUCCGAAGAUGGAUGCAGGAAUGUUGUGUAACCGUGGAAGUAAAAGUGCUUUAACAUUUGAUCAAGCAGUGCAGACAGGAGCUCUGAAGUUACAAGACAUCACAUUGCCGGAGCAAAUAGGCAUUAUAGAUUCAACAUUGGCAUGUCUUGUUUCAUGGCUUGAAGGCCAUUCAUUAGCCCAAACUGUGUUUACAAAUUUAUAUUUGCAUAAACCACACCUAAUUGAGGAAAGGGCUAUUAAAGCUUUUAGUAUAUGCAUAUUUAAAAUUGUUGAUAUCAUCAAGGAAUUUGUGAACAGGGCAUUAGUGUUCGAAGAGGAGGAUUUUCAGUUGAUGGUGUAUGGUUACCGGUUGGUGCCAGAUGUCUCAGAGCAGCGCACUGUAGGUAUGUUGAAGGAAGUGGAAGAAGAUCUUCAUCGGCGCAUUCGCAAUAAAUCAACAGACCCAGACUUAGUUAGCGAGCAUGAGGACACAAUAGCUCUUUAUUCUCGAAUCAAGUUCAUGAGACUUUUAUAUCAAGCGUUAAGUAGUCUUGGUCGUCGUGAGCCUCUUGGCCUUGGAGACUGUCAACGACUCUUAUCUAGUUGCACAGAUUUACUGCAAAACAUGCAAAAAACUGUUAAUCGUGGUGUUCAACCAACAACUGAAUCUGAUCAUCCAUCCAUUAUGGGAUUUGAUCCUUUGGUGAAUCAACGUCUUCUUCCCCCCACUUUUCCUCGAUACACUAAGAUAAAAUCUCGUGCUGAAGCAUUAGAAUAUUUUGAAGAGUUUCUUAAUAGACUGAAAAUUGUUUGUAAAAUCACCAACUAUUCUUCUUUUCAUAAUGCACUGGACUUUUUCAUAGAUUUCAGUCGUCAUGGGCCCUGCAUUCUAUCAAGAUCAAUAUUGCAACUUCUUUAUUUACCACAGAGUAACAAAGUGUUUGGAACAUUAAGUUUUGUUGAUGUCCUGAGAGAUGCUGCCAAAAAUUUUAUAUUUCCUCCUGCAUUGAUGCCUAAAUCUACAUUACUGAACAACCCUCAGGCCAAAGAAUAUGUAGACACAUUUCUUAAUCAUUGUGUACGUCCAUUUGGAAAUCUCAUUCAGUUAUGUGGGCACAACCGAGCUCGACAGCGAGAUAAAUUGGCCCACCUCCUUGAAGAUUUUGCUACUUUGCAAGAUGAGGCUGAACGAGUGGAUGCAUAUCUUCAUAAUUUAUCUCUUAAAUCAGAUACUCCAAGACCUCACCUUGCGUGUUUUGGCACAUGGAUCUUAUAUCAUACCUUAAAAAUCAUGAUUAUGUACUUACUUUCUGGUUUUGAGCUAGAACUGUAUAGUACACAUGAAUACCAUUACAUAUUCUGGUACAUGUAUGAAUUUCUAUAUGGAUGGUUAGUAUCUGCUCUGACCCGUGCAGAUAAUUUUCUAAUAGAGCAAGAGGAAAUUGUAGUUGGUCACAAAGGUCGUGGAGCAAAGAAAAACAAAGCAAAGAAGAAGAAAGCAAGGCCUUAUGGUCGAGAAAUCACUGUUUACCAAGCUCUGCAGAACAUUUGUGGUGGCCUUUAUAAACUGCCUCAUCCUGAAUUUGACAAUGAGCAAGUGCGAUAUGAACACAGAUUUGCUCCUUUUGCAAGUCUUCUUACGCCACCACCCAUGCAAUAUGCUGAGUUUCGGGAUAUGACGUCACUGGUGCGAUAUGAUCAGCCUCCCAAUAGCACUGCCUUAUAUUUGCAAGGUUGUCAACAUUUUCACAAAGCACGAACGUUAUUGGAGAAUAUUAAUAGUCCUGAUCAAGAGGUCAAUGAUCUUCUGAAAGUUGCUAAAACAAACUUUGUAGUGCUGAAACUACUAGCUGGAGGCCAUAAAAGAGAUUCUGCUAAUCCGCCAAUGUUUGACUUUACAAGCCAUUGCCACUUUCCCAUUAUUAAAUUACUCUAGUCAUGUUCAUCGCAUGUGUCAUUCAUCAACAGAAGUUUUAUCAAAUACACUUAAAGCAAUAUUGUAUCAUCCCUUAUGUAUGUAUAAAAUAAUUCAUAAUUAGUGCAUAUUUUUUCAUAAUGUACAUUAAAUUUUGUUUUAUGUUGCAUGUGUUUUGUUAUAUGUCAUUAAAUUCAACUUAUUUUGACUACUUAGCACUUUUUUUGCAGACCAUAUCUUAGUUCCUUCAGAUAUUGCAGUAUAUUAGUAUUUAUUUGUCAUUUCACAAAACUUUAUUUUAUAGGGUCAACGGGGGUCAUCAUUUUAUCUACAUGUUAUAAAGUCAAAAUAUAUAUUUUAGUACUUUACUACCAGGAACAGAUGCCACUUUUGUUCCUCCUUUGUCACAGUACCAACCUCAGGGAUUUUAAAAAUGAGAUGGGGAUUGAUUUAGCCAACACAACAGAACCAGUCUACUUUUGUAAGCAUGUACUAUGAAAAGUAGAAAGAUGUCAAAUUUACAAUUCCUACUUUAAUUGCACAAAUUACUUGUUCGGGGCAGUGAUCCUUGCCAUGCAUGCUGAAAUUCACGAGAGGGCUCCAGCCUACACAUUUAACAUAAAACAUCCGUGAAUCUGUCCAACACAUUUCCACAGUAAUAUGGAGUCUGUGACCUUUAGAAUUUAUAUAAAACAUAGUGCAUAUCGAAAACAGGCACCACUGACAACCUGUCUAUUCACCUUUUACAACUUCUACUAACUUCAUCUAAUUGAUCACCCUUGUGGUGCUGCACCUCAAUUGCAGUACAAUUGGUGAAAUUACAUAUGAAAACUUCAAUUGGCAACAGAUUUCAACAAAUGAAUUAAGCAUGCCCCAUAAAUAAACUUGAGCCUUAGAUGUUUUUUCCAAUAUUUGUUUCUGAAAAACCAAUCCAGAUAGAGGACUUCAGACACGACCAAAAUUAGUUUAAAAAUUGAGAGUGAAGCACAAAACAGAUUGUCAACAAUGCAGUACAGCUCCAACAACUUCAAGAUGGCAGUGGCACGAGUUAAUAGUAAUUAUUCACUCAAAAUAUUCCAACUGUGAAAAUGUCUGCUCUUGUACUAGAUAAUUUCAUAAAAAGUUUAAAAUUGUAAAGUUAAAUUUGGUAUCAAAACCUAAAACAUGUUCUUAUUCACAGAAUCUUAUUUUUUAAAUGAAAAUUCUCUUUAAUGAAUAAAGCAGUUCAUCAUUUAAAAUUAGGUAAGUUUCCUAUUUGGUUAGUUUCACUCAUGAUCUAUUUCAAGC